AUGAAGGCCGCGGGUGAUGAUCAGCCCAUGGGAGCUGUUAUGACCUAUAACAAGAUUGUACUAGUGACCCUCGACAAUUUGAAGGAUGACGAUGAGCGCAUAAAGUGGACGCAGAAGGCCAAGGAUGAAUUGAACACUGACCGAGAACCAGCGAGGAAAGUCAAGCAAGAAGACGAAACACCUUGCGCUGAGAGAGACGACAGCCCCGUCAAACCAGUGAAGCGCUUUUCCGACGUCAAAACAAAAGACGAAGUUGUCAAGCAAGUCCACGACAGAGAGAGAGAAGUUCCAGGUGUGGUUUAUUACACUCGAGUCCACAAAGGAGGCGACGUUUUUCCUUGUCUCUUGCAAGGUCUGCACAUAGCCUACCACAAGGCGCUCGGUGACAACCGUGCUCCAACUUGCGUCAAAGUCGAAGAUGGCGACGAGCUUGGAGGUCGAUUUGUGUUCAAAGUGUCCAAAGGAUCUUUCGCCUGGGUUCUAACUCCCACAUUCGAGAAGAACACAAAAGAGCCCUUUUGUGCCAAGUUCGACGGCCGCAUCCCCAGUGCAAAAACCGAAUAUUUUUAUCUCUUGGGAAGGCUUGGCGAGGACCGGAAUGCCACGGUCUAUUUGGCAUGUUCUCUAGGUGGCCACGUCUGUGCCGUCAAGGAUUAUUACGUGAUGCUGUCUCACGCUGCGAACGAAAAGGACAGAGAGGCGCAGGAGGCAAACGAACGUUACAGCAAAUAUCAAGAUGCCGAAGAGGAAGGAAGACGAUGGCAAGAGCUGUACGGCGGGAUCAAGACGUCUAUCUUUCGCUCUAGCUCGAUAUCUCGCCCUUUGUACCUGGGCACCAGCCCCUGUCUUCUCAUGCCCUAUGGCUAUGAAAUCCAUAAUGCUGCUGAUCGCUGGCAGUGGGUUCCGGAUGUGGGGAAAGAACUCAUGCGAUUCGCAGCGAAUGGUUACCAAUACAUGGAAUCUGACCUGCGCUGGCGUCAUGUUCUGCUCAAUUACGAGAAAAAGCUGUUUCUCUGCGAUCUCCUGUCUCUCGCUGAGUGCGACGAAGCGAUGAAGACAGACGCAACGAAGCAGAAGAAGGCCGUCUAUGAGCAGUUGCUGAUUCUUUUGAAGCCUAUGGUUGACGAGCUUGGUGAUGAAGAGAUAGUGGAUACUCUCGAAUGGAUUAGAUGCUCACGGACCUUGGGCGCUGUUGUGUCCUGCAUCGAAGGAGUGGAAACACUACUGGAUUACUUCCACGGUUUUGCUUGCAAAGGCUCUGACCUACUCGGAUACCUUCAAGCGCUUUUCCCGCAAGGACUAGCUGCCGAAGACUUGUCAGAAGAAGCCAAAGUAUGCCUCUUCAUGAUUGCGAAUUUCGAGUCAAGCAAGAGUGAAGCAUCAUCCCCAGAGCCAUCCUUAGGAGAGGACGACGGAACGAGACGCCGCAGGGCUGAUGAUGACAUCGACAACCAGGCGGCCAAACGCGAAAAGAAGACUUAG